AUUAAAACUAUGGAAUAAUAACAAUACUAAUUAUCUCUAAUCUAGUAUUGGCAUAAUCACAAUCAAUUUAGCAUAAAUAAUCGCAAUUGUCAUUUGAGAAUUUAAAGAAUCAAUUCAUGCAUCAAUCACAAUUAGGCUACCCUAGAUCUUGGAAUAUAAAAAGCUACUCACACAUAUUGAAAAAAGCAAUAGCAAAAAUAAUCAAAGAAAACAUAAUUAAGAAAUAAGGGAUGAAAGGAAAAAUACCAAAUCUUGAAAUAAUUGGAGAUUGCAAAAGUAGAACUUGAAUCUUAAAUUAUAAAAGCAACGUAAAAGUUUAAGAGAAAACUAGGUCUAAUAAGGAAUGCUAGAUCUCGAAAUACUCCCAACAAAAAGAUAAGAAAACAUAAGAAAAUUUAGCGCAUAACCCUCCUAAGAGGCACGGACGUGCUUACAAGAGGCACGGAUGUGCCUCACUUCGAGUAAGGUUCUUCUCAUCUUCUAGACUCCAGGCACGGACGUGCCUAUAUUGGGCACAGACGUGCCUCAUAUGCAGAUUCGAAGGCAGCAGUAGAGACACGGACGUGCCUCUAUGAGACACGGACAUGCCUCUAUGAGACACGGACGUGUCUCACUUCCUGAGAAUUUCCCUCAGUUUCUGAGGCUCAGGCACGGACGUGCCUAAGCUGGGCAUGGGCGUGCCUCUCUUAAACAUGGCCGUGCUUGACUCCAAAAAGGCCUAAGUGACUCGUUCUUCGACCAACAAAUUUCGUGAAGGUCCGUGGGCCUCGGUUUAGUCUCAUGACUUCAUAAAAUCUCUAAAUUAGCUUCGUUAAUCCUGAAAUACAUCAAAAACAACGAAACUACCCAUAAAAGUAUCGAAUCAUCGAAACUAAACCAAAUCAAACCAAAAUAAACUAGAAUACUAAGCUAGACUAAUAAGAACAACUAAAAAAAGGUUAACAAUUAUGCACAAAACACGGCUUAUCACAACUCAAUAUAAAACUGAAAAGAAAAUAACUUUAACAGAAUUUAAGGAGAUAAAGAAGAAGUUUAAGGGCACUUCACCUUGUUUUCUUGAUACUUUUUCCCAUGCUAAGCGCUCCAAGUUGAUGGGUGGCCGUCAUGUUAUCCCCAGGAUAAGAAAGAAGCUAGGCACUGAAACAUAUGAGCAUUAGAUGAAGGUGGUUUGGAAGAGCUUGUCAGAAGAGAAGAGGAUGUCAUUUACAUAUCUUGAUAGUCUAUGGUUUUCAUUGUACCGAGAAGCUUCUACUAGACCUAAAGUUCUGACAUGGAUUAAAAAGAAAAGCAUUUUCUCCAAGGAUUAUGUGUUUGUUCCUGUUUUUUGUUGGAGUCACUGGAGCCUCUUGAUAUUUGUCCACUUUAAUGAUAGUUCUUACUCGAAAACUAGAAUCCCAUGCAUGUUGUUGCUGGACUCACUUGAGAAUGCGGAGCCAAAGAGACUUGAACCUGAGAUUAGAAAGUUUGUUCAGGACAUCUAUAGGGUAGAGCGCAGAGAAGAAGACAGGAAUGUGAUUUCCCAAAUUCCUCUCUUGAUACCUAAGGUGCCUCAACAAAGGGAUGAUGAGGAAUGUGGAAGCUACGUUCUCUAUUUCAUCAACUUAUUUAUGCAAUUUGCUCCAGAAAACUUUUGUGAUUUUGAUUACCUAUACUUUAUGCGAAAAGACUGGUUUGAUCCUGAAAACUUAAGAGUAUUUCCACAACAAACCUUGAGAAGGAACUGUCUAGUAAAGUAGCUGUUAAAAGCACACAGCAAACUUGAAAAGUCAAAUAUUCAGAUGCCCACAGCCUACGUAAUGCGCAUGCUCUAGCUAUCCUGCUCUGUCUAAAGUCCAGAACAAAGCCUGUUUCUUUGCUGGAACUAAUCGAGCUGACCUCAUAUGGCUAUAAUGUCUACUGUUUCUACUGUCAAUACUCUUCUGUAUAGUUAUCAGGAUUUACUCCCCAGCUGCCUCUUAUCCAAAUAUCUUACUAAUUUGUUCAUUCCAUUUAUCAUUGAUGUUACUUUUAAUGUGGUUAUAAUGUAUAUGAAAUGAGUGCCAAAGAGCAUUGUUGAAGUUGUAUGCUUCAUUAGCACAGGUUUUUGGAGUAUUAGAAGUAAAUUUAUGUAACUUUAUAUA